CAGGUGAACGAAGGUUGUGCCGCGGACAAAUCAAAUCAAUUCGUAAGCAGUGUGCGCAUUAGGAGCUAAACUUACAUGUCGGGAAAACUGAUCAUGAAGCGCAAGCGUGCGGAUCAGCAAAGAACGCAGCAGCAGGAGCAGCAGCAGAAUGAUGAUGAACAGCAGCAGGAGCAAGAGAAACGCCAUCGCUUGGAUCCAGAAUCCAGAUCAUUAACGCCACCACUAGAGCCCAGUCCAGCAAGCGAUGAGGCAAGUGGCGCCAAUAGCAUUUUGCUCGAGGCACUGCAAAAGAUCAUGGAGUUGCAGUCGGAGCUGGACUCAUUCGAACAGGAACUGGACGAGCGCGAGGCUGAUGAGUCGUCCGACAAUGAGGAGGAACCCCAGUUGCCCAUUUUUGUGCCGCCCCGACGACGCAGCGAGGCUGAAGCGCUAGGAUUUGCUAUGUGCGCUCGCGAAACUUUGCUCUUCCUGCAAAGCGAAGGCGUCUCCACCGAAUCGCUGCUCUAUAAAACAUUACUGAGCAAACUUGUGGGCCAGAGCGAUGGCCUGCUUCAAGCCUGAAAUAGU